UUUUUUUUUAUAUAUAAAAAAAAACAACAACAAAAAGGGAUCCAAAAUCUCACAAAGCUUUUGUACUGUGAAAGACUGAACAAAAACCCUAAACCCCAAAUUUCAAUAACUUGAUUCCCCAACUCACUGAGUCAACCGCCCUUGCUUCCUCCCAAAAACCAUGCCUUCCUUUCCACUGCAAGGCUCAGUCACCAUCUGCGAAAUCAAUCGAACCCUAAUUGUAGCUGAAGCCAUCUCUGAUGAUCGAGCCAAGGAUGCUUAUGGAAAAAUUCUAGGAAUGGUGUUCAGUCCAAUUCCGUUUCAACCAGAGCAGUUGGGAUCGACCGGAGAAAAUCAGGAAUCUGAACACCAGGAAAGAAACAAUGGAGAGAGUGUUGAGAGGAAAGGUUUGAUGAAAUCAUUGCAAUACCUUGUUAAUGACUCGAUCAAGCGCAUGUUUUAUCCUAAUUGUGUACACUUGUUACCGGAGAUUGAUCUUCAAGGAGUGAGUUGGCACCAGCAUAGACAUAUUAUUGCAUUUAUUUCAGGUCCGAACCAGGUUAUAGUUCGUGAUUAUGAAGAUUCAGAAGGGAAGGAUGCCUGUGUUUUAAGCAAUGGGGCUCAACAAGAUAUUAGGGCUCUUGAGUGGAGACCAAAUGGUGGAAAGUCACUUUCUGUAGCAUGCAAGGGUGGAAUCUGCAUAUGGGCUGCUUCUUAUCCAGGUAAUCCAGCCACUGUGAGGCCUGGUGCUGCUUCCUCCUUGGGAACUCUUACUAGAGGUUCUGGAGGUCGAUGGACUCUAGUGGAUUUUCUUCGUAGUCACAGUGAUGAGCAAACAAGUGCAAUAUCAUGGAGUCCUGAUGGAAGAUAUUUGGCAUCUGCAUCAUGUGAGAGCUCUUCGUUCACCAUAUGGGAUGUCUCACAAGGUCUGGGGACACCCAUACGACGUGGAUUAGGAGGCAUAUCGUUACUAAAAUGGUCACCUACUGGAGAUUACUUUUUUGCUGCAAAAUUUGAUGGAACAUUUUAUCUCUGGGAGACAAACACAUGGACAUCUGAACCUUGGUCUUCGACUAGUGGCUUUGUCACGGGAGCAACAUGGGAUCCUGAUGGGCAUAUAAUAUUGAUUGCUUUCUCUGGAUCUUUAACAUUGGGUUCCAUUCAUUUUUCAUCAAAGCCUCCAUCUUUAGAUUCACAUCUGUUACCAGUUGAUUUACCAGAGAUAACAACCAUGACGGGCAGUGAGGGAAUUGAGAAGAUAGCUUGGGAUGCUUCUGGUGAAAGAUUGGCUGUAUCUUAUAAAGGAGGAGAUGACAAUUACAAAGGUCUUGUUGCCAUAUAUGAUGUUAGAAGGUCUCCCCUAAUUUCUGCAUCACUGGUUGGAUUUAUUAGAGGGCCUGGAGACAAUCCAAAGCCAAUUGCAUUUUCAUUUCAUGACAAGUUCAAACAGGGACCGUUGCUUUCUGUGUGUUGGAGCAGUGGAUUUUGCUGUACCUAUCCUCUAAUAUUUCACUCCCAUAGUCUUCCAUAACUAAGCAUGUGAAAGAGUGCUGUUUUUUGUUUGAUGAGAAGUCACAUAGCAAAGAUGAUUGUUGGUUCGAACCUCCAGGAGAGAUGCAGCAAACUAAUCCAUGGCACUCACUGAUGCAGAGAGCAUAUAAAUGUAUAUUUUUGAUGUGGAAGCCUCAUGAGCAGGCGCAAUUCCAGCUGCAUCUCAAGAUGCUAGGCAUACAUCAUGUCAUGGCAAGAUUUAAAUGUUUGUGUAACACCUUAUGAAAAAUUGAGGAACACGAACAUAGGGUUUGCGCUUAAUUCAUGCCCUGCCUCUUUUGUUGUCAAAAUGUAUUCAUAUUCUAAUUCCAGUUUUUCUGUUUACUGCCAAAA